ACCGUUCUUGCGCGGCAGACUUGCUAAUGUCCUAAUCAUGCGUAUGUACAGAUGAAACCGCGCGACGUGAUUGGAAAGCUUGCACAUUGACCAAUAUGUCGUCAGCCCCGAGUUCUAAACGGGUCAAAACCUCUGCCCCUGUCAGCUCACAGCAACUCCUCUCUCAACAGCAACAAAUUCCCCAAGCUCAGCCUUCUCAACGCGUAGCACACUACGAGGGCAUUCCUAUGCCCCCUUCUCAGAAUCCCGGGUCGAAUCCGCGUAAACGACGUUUGUCCCCCCCUCUAGGAUCGACUGCAACAAUGACUAGUACACCUGGCGAUGAUCCUGUGGCUCCAGCGCCGGAGAACAUGCCUAAGAAAAAAGGAAGAACGAACACUCCUUGGACUGCCGAGGAGGAGCAAAGGCUGAAGACAAUGCGCGAUGCUGGUCGCAGUUGGAGCGAGAUUGCCAAGACAUUUCCCAAUCGAACUGAGGGUAGCGUGAAGAAGCAUUGGUAUAAAGACAUGCACUACGCGGAAUUUGCGGAAGAUGAGUCUAUAGCCCUCCGAGAGGCGAUCAAAGAAUAUGAGGCAAAUAAGUGGAAAGUUAUCGGCCAAAAAGUCGGAAAGCCGGCCAAGGCUUGCGAGCAAUAUGCAAAGGAGCAUUUUAAAGACACCUAGAUAUCGAACGGCUGUGACGACGUAACGACAAUCGCAAUG